AUGACGGUCAUUACCAGUGCGAGCGGCCUGCUGGCCAUGCUCGACGAGGAGGAACCUGCUCUCCGCGUGUACGCUCUAAAGAAUCUGAAUCUGCUCGUCGGCCAGUUCUGGGCCGAGAUCUCCGCGAACAUCUCCACCAUCGAGAGCCUGUACGAGGAUGAGACGUUCGACCAUCGCGAGCUGGCAGCUUUACUGGCCUCCAAGGUGUUUUACUAUCUGGGCGAGCUCACCGACUCGCUCACGUAUGCGCUUGGCGCGGGGUCCCUGUUUGACGUCUCGGAGGACUCGGAAUACGUGCAGACGCUCAUUGCCAAGUGCAUUGACGAGUACAUGGAUCUCAGUGUCAAGCGUGCCGACUCCCAUGACCCCGACGCCGACUUUCCUCUGGACCCGCGCCUCGUGGCCAUUGUGGAGAGGAUGCUGGACAACUGCAUUGAGGAGCGUCAGUUCCAGCAGGCCAUUGGAGUGGCGCUGGAGUGCCGCCGCCUCGACAAGCUCGAGGCUGCCGUUGCCAGGAGUGGCAACUCGCGCUCUCUGCUAGCCUACUGCUUGCAGGCAUUCCUGCUCUGGCCUUUCAUUCAAUCCCUCACCCCCCUGUUUGCUGCUGUGUUUCCUGCCUGCCUUGCUGUUGCUUACCUCCCGUGCAGGUUUCUCAUUCCCUUGUCAACCGUCGGCAAUUCCGCCAGCAGGUACUGCACCCGUCUCUAUCCUUCUCUUGCUCUCCCUCGCGCUCUCUUCAUCCCUCUUACUCUCCCUCUCUUCGCGCUCUCACUCGGCCUCUCUUCAACCUCUCACUCUCCCUCUCUUCACCCUCUCUCUCGCCCUCACUUCACCCUCCCACUCGCCCCCUCACUCGUUUCGUGGUUUCUAUAUCCGUUGCUACUCCUCAGCGAUUCCUUUGGCCCUCUACCCCUGCCCUUACCUGUUCCCAUUGUCCCUUGCUGUUAUCCUUGCCCUCACCUCUUCCCCUUGUACCUGCCCUUCUCUUGUGCCCUUUCCCCUUUUCCUUAUCCCUUUGCUCUCCUUCCUUCCCACUGCUCCGCUGCUGGAAACCCCAAAACCUCCACGUCAUCCCCCCCAGGUGCUCUCCACACUGGUGCGGCUGCACAAGCAGGCAGAGACCCCGACUACGGCAGCAUCAGCCAGAUGCUCAUUUCAAUCAGUGACUCCUCUUUCCCUUAUCCCUUGCCAUUCCUCCUGCCUCAGGUGCUCUCCACGUUGGUGCGGCUGUACCAGCAGGCCGAAACCCCUGACUACGGCAGCAUAUGCCAGAUGCUCAUGUCCCUCAGCAACUCCCCUUCCCCUUCCUCCGCUCCUUCCCCCGUGCCCUUCUCCAUUUCUCCUUGCUGCCCGUCCACUUACCCGUCUCCAGGUGCUGUCGAAGUUGCAACUCCCCUUGUCCUUCCCCAUGACCCUUCCCUCCUGCCUUUUCCUCUUGUUCUUCCCUCUUGCCCAUACAUGACCCAGGUGCUGUCGACACUGGUAUGCCUCUACCAGCAGGCCGAGACCCCCGACUACGGCAGCAUCUCUCAGAUGCUCAUGUUCCUCAGCGACGCAGCAAAGGCCGAGACCCCCGACUACAGCAGCAUCUCUCAGAUGCUCAUGUCCCUCAGCGACGCAGCAGGGGUGGCGGCCACACUGGACCGACUCAUUAUCAAGGGACAGAACGACGACGCAGCAGGAGUGGCGGCCACACUGGACCGACUCAUCAAGGGGCAGAACGAGUCCGAUGCUUUAUUAGCCUACCAAGUCGCCUUUGACUUGUUUGAGAACGAGUUUCAGCAGUUCCUGCUGUCCGCUGCUGGUGCUGGUUCAGCCGAAGCUGCAGGUUCGGGGGAGGGCGAGGCGGCUGCCGAGGCUGCGCCAAGCGAGGAGGUGGUAUAUGCGGAGCGACUGGCGAAGCUGAAGGGGAUUCUGUCGGGGGAGACGCCAAUUGGCCUCACUCUGCAGUUCCUGUACAGCCAUAACAAGGCGGACCUGGGAGUGCUCAAGUCCAUCAAGCAGGUGGUGGAGACGCGGAACAGCGUGUGCCACAGCGCCACCAUUGUAGCCAACGCAUUCAUGCAUGCAGGCACGACAGUCGACACCUUCCUCCGAGACAACCUGGACUGGCUGAGCCGUGCGACCAACUGGGCGAAAUUCAGCGCUACAGCCGGCCUGGGGGUGAUCCACAGGGGGCACCUGCAGCAGGGGCGCUCCCUCAUGGCUCCCUACCUGCCCCACGGGGCUGGGGGCAGCGCUGGGGCAGCAGCAGGGGGGCUGAGUGGGAGUGCGUAUUCGGAGGGCGGGGCGCUGUAUGCUCUGGGGCUCAUCCACGCCAACCACGGGGAGAGCAUCAAGGGGUUCCUGCUCGAGAGCCUCCGCAACACCAGCAACGAGACGAUCCAGCACGGAGCCUGCCUGGGUGUGGGGCUGGCGGCCAUGGGGACGGGCGACGAGGAGGUGUAUGAGGACGUGAAGAGUGUUCUCUACACUGACAGCGCCGUGGCGGGCGAGGCCGCGGGGAUCGCCAUGGGGCUGCUGCUGGUCGGGUCGGCGAGCGAGCGGGCGGCAGAGAUGCUGGCUUACGCGCAUGACACCCAGCAUGAGAAGAUCAUCAGAGGCCUGGCUGUAGGAAUCUCCUUGGUUGUGUACGGGCGGGAGGAGGAAGCGGAUAUUCUCAUUCAGCAAAUGACAACGGACGCCGACCCGAUCCUGCGCUACGGAGGCAUGUACGCCAUCGCCAUGGCCUACCGCGGCACUGCUAACAACGGCGCCAUUCGGCAGCUUCUGCACUUUGCCGUCAGUGACGUCAGCGAUGACGUCAGGCGCGCCGCUGUGCUGUGCCUGGGCUUCGUGCUGUGUGCUGAGCCGGAUCAGGUCCCCCGCAUGGUCUCCCUGCUCGCAGAGUCCUUCAACCCCCACGUGCGCUAUGGGGCAGCCAUGGCGGUCGGCAUCGCAUGCGCCGGCACGGCCCAGCGCAGCGCUCUCGAUCUUCUGGAGCCGCUCACAUCAGAUGGAGUGGACUUUGUGCGACAGGGCGCCCUCAUGGCUACAGCCAUGGUGCUCAUGCAGUGUUCUCAGGAGCGCGAGCCGCGUGUGGUAACUUUCAGGCGUCAGCUGGAAAAAGCAAUCCAUGAUAAGCACGAGGACACCAUGUGCAAGAUGGGCGCCAUUCUCGCUUCCGGGAUCCUCGACGCCGGCGGCCGCAACGUCACCAUCUCCCUGCGCUCCCGCUCCGGUUACGACCGCGUAACCGCCGUGAUCGGCAUGGCUCUGUUCACGCAGUACUGGUACUGGUUCCCGCUUCUGCACUUCCUCUCUCUCUCCUUCUCUGCGACAGCCCUUGUCGGGCUUCAGGAGGAUCUUAAGGCGCCGAAAUUCGAUUUUAUUUCGGAGUGCCGCCCGGGGUUGUUUGCGUACCCGCCGCCCGCUGUGGUGGCGAGUAGCAGCACUGCGGUGAAGGCGCCGGUUGCGGUGCUGUCGACGGCUGCUAGGGCGAAAGGGAGGGCGAAGGAGAAGGAGGAGAAGAAGGAGAAGGAGGAGGAGAAGAAGGAUGGGGGGGAGGGGAAGACCGGGGAUAGUGGGGCGGGAGUGGGUGCGACAGCUACGGAUGGAGUGAAGGGGGGUGAGGAGGGAGGGAAGAAGGGAGAGGACAAGAAGGAAGGAGAUGCUAUGGAGGUUGAGGGGAAUGACACCACCCCUGGUGCUGCUGCUGAAGCCAAAAAGCCGUCCGAACCAACGACUGAAAUCCUCCACAAUCCUGCCCGAGUGCUGCCCGCCCAAGAAAAAUACAUCAAGUUCCCGGACACCUGCCGCUAUGCACCAAUCAGGAAGCCGACCUCCGGAUUUUUGCUCCUCAAGGAUCGCCAGCCCGGGCAGCCCGAAGAAUUCGCGCUCACCGACGGGCCGAAUUCUGCUGGGGCUGGAAAUUCCGGCGCUGCGCGGACUGCCGCCGCUGCUGUCCCAGCUGCAGCUGCUGCCCCUGUGGGUGCGUUCAGGAGGAGUGGUGGGGGGGGAGCUGGGGGAAGGGGGGGAAGAGGGGGGGGUGCUCCCCCUCCCCCACCACCUCCUGCUGAUGAUGAUGAAGAGGAUGACGAGCCUGCUCCUCCCGAGGCCUUUGACUUCCGUUAA